AGGUGAGCGGUUAGGGGGGCGGGGGGAGGGACCGGGCCAGAGGCGGCUCACCUGGUGGGACAGGUGCUUAGCUGCAGCAAACCAUGCAGUGAGCAAUGCCCCGCCCCGGACACCCUCGCCCAUUAUCUGGGCCGCCCCGCUUGGGACCCUGGGAGCGGCCAACAGAACAAUGCCUAGAGGUGUAUGAUGAGCCACCUCAACCCCCACCAAGCCGCCGCACUCGCAAGCCAGACCCCAAGGACCCUGGCCGUCAUGGGCCUGAGAGCCUCACCUUCUUCUCUGACUCUGCUGAGGCGGCCAGCGAGCCCCCUGCCUGCUGCCUGCUCUGGCGAUCCUGGGUGUGGGACUGGUGCCGGGCUGCCUUCUGCUUCCGCCGCUGUCGGGAUUGCCUUCAGCGCUUUGGAGCCUGUGUACAGGGCUGCAGUCCCUGCUUGUCUGCCAGGGACUCUGCUGAGGAAGCUGCCGAAGCCAGCUGGGCCAAGGAGCAUAAUGGGGUGCCCCCCAGCCCCAACCAUGCACCCCCCAGCCAGCGGGAUAGCCAACGGCUCAAGUCAGCCAUGGGCAGUAGCUUCAGCUACCCUGACGUCAAGCUCAAAGGUAUCCCUGUAUAUCCCCACCGAAACACCACCUCGUCAGCCCCUGAUGCGGACUCCUGCUGUAAGGAACUACUGGUUGAGCCCCCACCCACCAGGCACAGCCUGCCUAGCACCCUGGCUGGCAGUUCCCGGGGCUCAGAGGAGUACUACUCCUUCCAUGAGUCCGACCUGGACCUGCCGGAGAUGGGUAGUGGCUCUAUGUCGAGCCGGGAGAUCGACGUGCUCAUUUUCAAGAAGCUGACAGAGCUGUUCAGCGUACACCAGAUUGAUGAGCUGGCCAAGUGCACAUCAGACACUGUGUUCCUGGAGAAAACCAGUAAGAUCUCAGAUCUCAUUAGCAGCAUCACACAGGACUACCAUCUGGAUGAGCAGGAUGCUGAGGGCCGCUUGGUCCGUGGCAUCAUCCGCAUCAGUACCCGAAAGAGCCGUGCCCGCCCACAGCCGAUAGAGGGACGCUCAACCCGGGCCACUGCCUCCACUGCUGCUGCCCCUGACAGCGGCCAUGAGACCAUGGUGGGCUCAGGCAUCAGCCAGGAUGAACUGACAGUGCAGAUCUCCCAGGAGACCACCGCAGAUGCCAUCGCCAGGAAGCUGAGGCCCUAUGGAGCCCCAGGGUACCCAGCCAGCCACGAUUCAUCCUUCCAGGGCACGGACACAGACUCAUCAGGGGCACCCCUGCUCCAGGUGUACUGCUAA